CUGUAAAUCACCAUAAACGUGUGACUCCGUGUUUGUCUCUGUUCUUCACUUGUGGCAUGAUGCGUUUUGUUCAAAGGUACACUGGUUUUGUUAUUUCGGUGCAAAUUUUCUCCUAGUUUUUGUCAUAUCACAUUCACUAUCUACAUCAGGUUAAUUAAAAUUAAUUAAGCACAUCAAUAAAAAUUAAUGUUAAAAUCAUGGGGAAAUGGGGUAUUAAAUUUGAGAACUCCGCAACCCCAACCACCUUCUAUGACCUGUUUCCUUUUGCAUUAAUUUUGCAUCAUCAGCUGGCAUUUAAUAGACGUCUCCUCCCACCAUCCACCUUCUAACCAUUUCUCCUUCCACAUUUAUCAAAAAGUCAUCCUAAACCGCUUCAAAAACUCCCUCUCUUUCUCUCACGCUCUCUUUGUCUAAAUCUCAUAUGCCCCACCUCCUCACGCUUUUUGGGCUUACGGAGGUGGUGCUAAGCGUCCGUUCACUCUAUCAGAAAGAUCGAUCUGUAUUACAUUAAUACAGGCAACAAACUGGAAGACUCAACAAGGAACAAGAUGACGGAGACUACCACAAAUGUAGAAGCCCUCAACAUCGACAAGAAGCACAAGGUAAGAAAACGCAAGUGUCACAUUGCAGUAGGAGUAAUCCUCUUGUUGAUCAUCUUGUUGUUCAUCAUCGCCCUCAUCCUCGCCUUAACGGUGUUUAAGCCUAAACAACCUAGGACACAGCUUCUCUCUGCCACGCUGGACGGCGUUGCUCCUCGUGUUUCGUUCCCCGCCAUCAAGAUCGAACUCAACAUCACCCUGGACCUCAAGCUCCUUGUAGAGAACAAAAACCAUGCAAGCUUCAAGCAUGGCGCUGGCACGAGUUCCUUGCUAUACAAAAGCAAACAGGUGGGGGAGGCUCAACUCUCUCCCGGUUUUAUUCCGGCAAUGGGUUCCUCCACGCUUCCUUGCCGACUCACCCUUGAGGUGGAUAAGAUGGCCUCAGACCUCCCAACUUUGAUCAGUGAUGUUUUGGGUGGUGAGCUUGUUGUGGAAACUCAUACAAGGAUUCCAGGAAGAGUCAAAUUCCUUGGUUUCAUCAAGAAACAUGUUGUUGCUGUUUCUAGAUGCCAAUUCACCCUCUCUGUCAAGGAGAUGAAGAUCAAGAGCCAAGUUUGCAAGAGCAAGACCAAAUUGUGAAUUGUGAGAAGCCAAUUAAACAUUCAUUUAGCUUAAAAAGGAAAAGAAAAGCAAGAUUUGGCUUUGUUCCAGGUUCCAUUUACAGGAGCUGAUUUGGUUCCAGAAAAGAAAUACAAACUUCCACACACACACACACAUAGAGAGAGAGAGAGAGCAUGUGAAUUAUAUUUGUAGAGACGAACUUUGGAUGUGUUUUCAUAGGCCAAUCUUAUGCAAUUUUGGGUGUCAGGGAGUGGAGAUUCACUGCAGAGUUACAGAGCUCUUGAAAUAGUUAUCAGCCUACCUCAUUGUAAUUUUAGUUUUGUGGGUAUCAUGAUAUGGGGCUUUGCUUUGGCUUUACUUACGUGAGUAGUUGUUUCAGACUUUGCUGUGCUUUCUCCAACUGAAAUGAAAUAUGUUUUGGAAAUUGCAGUUGCAUCAAUAGUAAGAAAAGAAUCCAGAAAAACCCUAAAAUAAACAAAAUGGAGAAACUCUUGA